CUUCCGGAAAUGGAGACCCUAUGUUUAUAGUUUGAACAAAUUAACUGCUAACGUGUAGCGGUCCUCAUGAAGCCCACACAAAGCUAGCAAAUAGUCAGAGUUCACUCCGCUGUUUCUACAAUGACCUGCUUCGUUUAGCUAGGGCGACUUAUUCCCAGCCUGGUGUCCGACUAUCAGGCUACUUUCCUCGGUUUGAAGUUGCAGCAGCAUCGUUACUUUGUUGUUUGGGUGAACAUGUUGAACGGCGUCGCUCUGCGGGCUCAGAUCGCCUCUAUCAUCGACGUGUUAUCCAAAGCUGCUGUGGCAGAAAUCGCCAAAGUUGUGGAAGAUGGAAUGGGGGUGUUGCGGCUGGAAGUGUGUCAGCGGGAAAAUGAGAUCAAGAAGCUGAAGACCAACAUUGAGGUCCUGCAUACCGAGCUGCGAUCAGUCCGGGAGAGCGGGAUCCUGCGACCCGACCGCCGGGGGACAGAUGAUCCUCAGAGUGGUGAUGGUGAUGAGAGGAACCUGGUGGAAAAUGUGCACGUUGAAAAAGAAGCGGGUGGCCUGUCCUUACCUGAGGUUCAGGUGAAACGUGAACCUGUGGAAGAAGGACGUGAAGAUGCUGUACGACACCCUGCCCGGCCUUCCUUGUAUGACGGAGACGGUGCUCAGUGGACACAAAUAUCACGAUCUCCAGCUGGACACAAGAACUCUAACUUUUUAAAUGUAGCGCACAGCUCCGUGUCAUAUCUUUCUGAACCUUCUCUGCACCCCGGUCUGGCUGAGCCCUGCAGCAGCAGCAGCAGCUCUGGAGGGUUUCAGCAGAGCCCAUUCAGUCGAGGGCUGCUGGGCUACAGUCAGUAUCGUAAUGCUUACAACACAGCGCGCAGGAGGAAUGUGAAGAGGUUUAUAUUUAAGAAAGGCUUCCACUGUCCGUACUGCGCUAAAUAUUUUGAGCGCUCAGGGCACCUGGAGAGACACAAGAGGAUCCACACUGGAGAAAAACCAUUUCGCUGCGAAGUCUGCGGGAGACGCUUCAAUCAGAAUUGUAGUCUGAAGGAGCACAUGAAGAUUCACAGACGAUGUAUCCAGCCCCAACCAGCUGAAACCCAAAUGAACAAGCAGAAGCAGAUCUCUGAGCUGAAUCCAUGUCCUGAUACUCAUCGUCCUGAGGAAGAGAGCAAGACAAAAGUCAAGGAAGAGCACCCAAAGAACGCAGAGAUAAUCUCAACACCUGUACGAGUGAAGUCAGAGCCUGUAGAGGAGAACAUCACAGAGCCGAUGGUUCAAGGAGAGCUGAAGGUGGAGGAAGUAGACAACCUUAGUGAGCAGUACAGGGAGUCCCAGCAGUGGAUGACCUCACUACAAGGACAAAACCACGCAGAGCUCAGCGGCACAGAGUACCUCAGCAGCUCAUCGCAGAGUUUAACAUCCUUCCCUGGGAUAACUCAGCUUCUCUCUCCACCAGUGGAAGCUUCUUGUAGCACAUUCCCAUUCACAGGGAAACCAUACAGGGAUCAGAAGAACAGCAUGAUGUCUCAAUCAGCGUACGGGUCCUCAGAGACGCUCAUGAUGUCCGGUGAAGCAGGACUGCAUGGUAUGAGUGGAUCCAUGCUGGAUCAUCAGAGGGGAGGCAGGCCCCUCCAGCUGAUCAAACCAAAGAAAUGCUUCCUCUGCUCGUACUGCGGGAAGAUCUUCGACCGCGGUGGCCAUCUGGAAAGACAUUUACGGAUCCACACCGGGGAGAAGCCGUACGGCUGCCAGAUCUGCGGGAGGUGUUUCAAUCAGAAGAGCAGCCUCAAGGGCCACAUGAGGACGCACAGUAACGGGGAGAACACAGAUAUGCUGGAGGGGCAUCACCUCCUCUUUACCAUGCCUGAUAAUCACCUUUUGAAGGACCUGGCAGAACCCAAACACAGACCGACUUCAGAGGAGCAGCUCCCUGGCUCCAGGUAUACUGAAGCAGCUGGUGAGCAAGCAGUGACGGUGAAGCUGGAGAUGAACGGGAAGGAUUUUCCGUCUUUCAGUCAAACAGAGAUCAAUAACAGCGCAGGAGCACACGACCAGAAUCAGCUUUGGACAUCUGGGAUGGAGAGUAGCAGGGAUGUGUCCGAACAAAACGUCUGCUUACUCCUCCCUGAUGUCAAGUAUCACCUCAGUCCUGUUUCUGGAGCAGCCAACGAGCAGCAGGAGUUCACCUCACAGAUUAAAGACCUGCCUUUUUUAGAAGACAGAGAAAAGGAAGACGUGAUGCACAACGAUCAGUUCUCAGUUAUGGGGAUCCAACCAAGAAGCUCUGCCGUGACUCUCGCACCUGAACUGCAAGACAAACACAUCAUACAAGCUGUGACUGUGAACGAGUUCACCGGGACAAGCGACAGGACGCACGAGGGAGGGGUGUUUGAAUUUGAAAUGAUCACCUCAAGCAACAACGGAGAGAACUGCAGAGGUGAAGCAGCGAGGCAGAACUGGUUCAUCUGCUCAAUAUGUGGGCAGAGCUUUGAUACCUUCAGUACCUUUCAGAGACAUCAGUGUCAAAGUUUGACCGGGCAGAGCCUCAGCUGUCACAUAUGUGGGAAGACUUUCAAUCAGCUGAGCAUCCUUAAGCUUCACCUUAAACUGCACUCUGAGUAAAACAAUUUCAUCAGCCCGGUUUAAAUAGGUGGGAAAUAUACAUCUUCUCCAGGUUGCCAAAUCAAUCUGCGCUUACAGAAAUACUUCAAGCUUUAAAAAGCUCAAGUAAAAGUCAGCGUCUGUCACAUAUUAAAGCUCCCAUAAGGAACUUUCAGUUUAUAUCAACUCUGGCGCCCCCUGUUGACAAAGUGGUGCUGCUAAUCUCUCUGCCGAUCUUUUCCAGUAGGAUUCACUUUUUGUGAAUGGGUGCCGUGGAAAAUAUAAUUAAAAGCUGCUUUGGCAAAUGCCUUGUCUGACGCCAACCCGGUGGCAGCUGCUACAGGAAUGAAAAAUUACUAUAUAGAAAUAUUCAAUCUCACUCCUGAUGGUCUGUUUUGAUUUUCUUAGGUCAUAUGGAGGCAUCUAUAUGGAUUUCAGUGUCUUUCAUGACCAGCUAGAAACCCCUCACAGGAGCUUUAAAGGUACAGUGUGUAGUUUUAACAGCAUUUAGCAGAACAGGCUUAGUAGAAGUGGAAUAUGAUAGUCACAAGUAUGUUUAGAUUAGUGUGUAAUCACCUGAAUUUAAAGAUAAUUCCGUCUUUAUUAGCCUAGAAUGAGCUUUUUUUUUAUCUACUUAAGGAGUGGGUCCCCUUCCUCUGUGGCUGCCAUGUUGCACCACCAUGUUUCUACAGUAGUACAGAACGGACAAACUUGAUAAAGACAUACAGAAUGUUGUAUCGGGUGGAUUGUCGAUUGAAAUACACCAGUUGGAAGACAAAGAAGGGGAGAUAAUUUGAUAAAAACUUGACACAUGGAGGUUCAUACUUAUUGUGCCUCACAUGAGCUUCUUGUCCUCUAAUUGCACAAUAUUAGAGCAAAGUAAAGCCUCGAAAGUGGAGCAGGAGGACUUCAGAUCAGUUUCCUUAAAGCAAGACAGAAUGUUUUUGUAGGACUCUGAAUGCUGCAGGUUCAGACAGUGACAGCAGCUAGAGUACCUUACAGGUAUUUACUGUUGGGGGCUGUGUUACAGAAAGGGCAAGCAAGAUAAGAUAAGAUAUAAGAUAAGAUAUAUUUUAUUUGUCCUCUGUUGGGGGAAAUUUCUUUUGCUACAGCAGCUUACAACACGGGACAGGGGAAUACAACAAUGUACUAACAUAGUUAAAAAAUAUAAUAACAGUAAUAAUAGCAAUGACAAGGGU